AUGGCAGAGCAGAGAUCUACCAUUCCAGGACGAGUCUACAUACUAUCUCAGGAGGAGGCAAGAGCAUCGCUGAAUUUGAUAAAAAGGUCAUCUAAUAUGGCUAGUAAAGCAUGUUUGAAUAUAGAAGUGAAGUUUGAAAAUCAUUCAACUACUUUAGAUUUGAUCUGGAUUCCUAUGAAGGGUUUGGACGUGAUAAUCGGUAUAGAUUGGUUGAUGGCAAAUAAUGCCACCUUGGACUGUGCUAGGAAGAUAGUUUUAUUACCAGUACAUACUACAUCGGCUAAUAUUCCUAGUGAGUCUGAGCUCUUAUCAGUGGUGCAAGCAGUGAUGCAACAAGGUUGUAUGGCUUAUAUGGUUUUCUUCUCAGUGCAUGGGGUCUACGAUGGAAGUAUUAAUAAGAUUAGGAUAGUGAAUGAAUUCCUGAGGCAUUUAUGA